GGGACAGCUGACCCAGAACCCACAGCAGUUGUUGGCAGUGCAGGCAGCUGCGACAGUAUGAUCAGCAACAACUCCGGCUCAUCUGAAAUGCCCCAGCCAGACUGCUUGAGAGAUUGCCGGCAGUAACAUGGAGAUUAGGAAACUUCACAAGAACAUCGUUUUUGCUUAUAAUCCCCUUCUGUGUGAUUGGGCCAGUUCACCAUUUAAACACAGGGGACUACUGCCAGCACAUCUAGUCUGGCAUCCAAUCUUGAGGUAUCUGAUUUUUGUGAGUGACAGUGGCUAUGACUAUCUAUCAGUGGAGGAGAAAGAAUGCCUUAUGUUCCUUGAAGAAACACUAGAUUCUCUGGACGCUGAAGCAGACAGCGGACUUUCUACUGAUGAAGCAGAGACAGUUGAGCCAUCUAAGCAUCCACGGACGUGGCCUACGAGAUACGUUCCCAAAGAGCUGGAUCAUGAAAGUCUUGGAAAGCAUAACAAAAUUGAACCAAAGGGCAAAAAAUAUAUUUCUGGCUGUGUUCCUGUUGUCAUCCCAAGUCCAGGCCACCACAGCUUUCCAAGGAACAUCAAUGUAAAAAAUGCCCCCCAAACACCCAAAGUUUCCCUUGCUGAAGCAAUUAACUCUAAUGCUGACGAUCCAAAAGCUUUUCCUCAGAUAUGCCUGAGUUCAUGUGGGUCUUCUAAGGAUGAGAUUGUGGACAUGCCAAAUGACCAAUCCAAGAUGAGUACCCAGUUAAGAGCCUCUGAUUUGGAAUCUGUUGUAAUUCCACCCCCGGAACCUUUCCAGGACCAGAAAAGGAGCCAUCCCAGGAGUUGGCAAGAGGCAUCACUACUUAAUAAAGAUGCAGAAAGUGGGACACCUUCACACUCUGAAGUUAAGAGGAAUGCUGGCCCAGUGGAUGGAUCUGAGACUGCAGCUGCCCAACAGGAACUUUCACCAGAGAAGGUGGAGGCAGCAACUGGGAAAGAAGCCAUUCUGAAACCUGUCUCUCCUAAAAGUUACAAGAAGAGUUCUGACCAAAUUACUAGUGCUCAAGAAAACUAUCAAAAACCUUCACUGGAAGAAUCUCUCCUAGAUUCCAACUUCAAGCAAGGCCCUCCCACCGCCCCAAAGCCCAGGAAACUGCCACCAAAUAUUAUACUUAAAACCAGCAGAAGUAAUGUUGUGUCACUUGCCAUAGAUCCCAGUCACAAGAUAAAAGUGCUGGCUCCAUCAGAUGGUAGACCCAGAGCUGCAACUGGUGAUUUUUCCAUGGAAAAAGUACAUUCUCUCCAGAAAGAACAGGGAAGAGCCAGGAGAGAAGCUCUUGAGAAACUAGGUCUCCCACUAGAUCAAGAAAAAGAUCCAGAUCAUGUGACCAAAACUGCAACUUACUUGAAACCAAGAGAGGCUCCCAGGACAAACAGUAGAGAGAAUGUUAAUGUGGACAAUGUCACUUCUAAUGAGAAAUCUGAUCAGCAGCAUGUCCGGGUUGUUUGGAAAGAAAGCUGCCCAAUGGAUAUUGACAUUUCAGGUGUCAAGCAGGUGAAUUUCAAAUCCAAAACACUGGAGCGUUCAGGUGUGGGUUUGAGCAGCUGCAUCUCCUCUGGUAGUGAGGACCAGAAUAUUAAGAACAGUAGUUCACUUGGCAAGAUGUCCUUUUUUGACAAGAUCACUCCAAACUUUCUCCGGAGUAGUCGGCCACGCCCAGCUUCCCUUGGCAUGGCGAAAGACUUUGUUGAUCUAAAGGAAAACAGAAUGCAUAAAGAUGAGCUGGAUAAAAGUGACAAGCGAAGAUCAUAUCCACUUCAGCAUCCCUCUAAGCUGCCAAGGCCACCUUGUGUCAGUGUAAAGAUCACUCCCAAGGGGGCCACAGAGGAACACAGGAGGGAGGCUUUGAAAAAACUUGGUCUGUUAAAGGAGUAAGCCAAAUAGCUGGAAUAAUACAAAAACUGUUCAGUUGUGGAUAGUGAAUUUGCUUGCUUGCUUCUUCAGCUAUAAUGGAAGGAAUUACAGUAUAGGUUGAGAGUACGAAGGUUUUGUCCAAUGUAUGCACGUGCUUGAUAAGAUAACCAGCACUGCCUUCAUCUGUCUGCAUGUGAACUAGCAUCUCACUCAGACUUUACUUUUAUCUUUACUUUUGUAGAGGUGGAUUAAAUCUGCCAUUUAGAUUCCACUUUACAUCAGAUAGAAAUGCUACCACCUGUAUAGGAUCUCUGUGUGCUGUAUAUAGUGUAUAAAGAUAUCACUAUGUAAUGUAUGUAUAACUGUGUAAGGUAUUUAAUAAGUAUAUGAUUAACUGGAAAGGGAAAAUAUCAGAUCUAGGUUGUAAUUGCUAUUUCAAACUAUGGACUCUGCACAUACACAGAGCCUUGUAUCAUGACGGCAGCCAUGUGGCUAGAUGUCUUUAGUUAAGACUGAGUUGCAGUAAUGGUUUUUUUGUUCCUUUUUAAACCUCUGGGCCUGAUAAUCUGGCGUGUAUAGUGUAGCUGGUGAAACCAGCAAGCGUGUUAUAUCUACCGAGAUGACCCAUGCACUAGAUACUUAAUACAUUGACAAGAACACAUUGGGUAUGAAUCUUAAGCCUCAGUUAAUGGAAGAUAGAAGUACUUGCCAGUUCACCUCCAACAUUUCUUCAAAAUAGCUGGUUAGAAGUUGAUUAAAAAUAAGCACUACAAUCAGAAUUGAUUUGGCCCACUGUAGUUUGCUGUACUGACUUAUGUAAACGGAUUACUGUUGUAUGAUUAUUUAAGAUCAUGCAAUUUUUUAGAAUGAAAAUUGUGUGUGUUUUAAAAGACGAUUGAGUAAUAAACUAUUUUGUAUAGGGAAAAGUUUGGGUUUUAUUUGAUUAGUAAACAAGUUAGAGAAGUAAAGUGGGGUGGGGAGAACUGGUCUGUGGGAAGCACAAAUAUUAACCAUGAUAACCUUGAGAGUAAGAGUCGUCAUAUCAAAUCACUGUAAUCUCCAAAAAGGUUUGUUACCCAAACCUUACCUGUCGUAUAAUAGCAGUUAAUUUUAAUGUGACGAUGCAUUGAGCUAAAGGUAAACCUACUCUAUUUAGCACCACAGUACUAGAUACUCUAUAGCAGUCAUUCUUUCUUCAAGGGACCCUUUCCCACUAACUCAAAUGCUGAGGAACCUCAGCAUGUCUGGCAUGUUGGAGGGAUACAAGUGGACACUGGACAGAACUGCUGAGAGUUACUGCUGCCCCAGAUGAAUUGAGCAUGCUCACAAACAUAACUGUGUUCUAGGUCACUCAGUUCAUGUGGGCAACAAUGAAGCUAAAAGGCCUUUCCAGUGUCCAACAUGAACUGAGUGCAACUUGGAACGUAACUCAUAUUCUCUUAGGUGCAGGACAUUCGUCAUAAAGGACAGGUUGUCUGUCAUGGAAGCUUGUCUGCCAAUCCUGACUUCUAACUAAAGAUAGCCUGAUAAGAUUCUGAAGGACUUCUGAGUUCUGUGGAACACAGUUUGAAAACCAUUGAUCUCCAGAAACAAGUAAUCCAGUCCCUCUGCAGCAGGUCUCCAAUCUAUGGGGGAAGGAUAAAUUUGACAUAUUUCAGCUAGCUGAACUGCAAGAGUUUUUUUUGGGGGGGGGAGAGGCACAUCAAAGGAGCUUGGGGUAUGAUCAUCCAGUAUAUUAUUAACCCCCCCAAUUAUCCUCUUGUAAAAACUAACUCUACUUCUGCAGGGCCUUAUUUUUCUUCUCGCCCCCCCCCUUUCCUAUUGCAGGAGUUAAACACCUUAAGAGGUUAGAGAGAACAUUAAAAUGUACUUGUACCUUGGCUCAACAGUGUUGUUGUUGGUUAGGUUUGUUAGUCGCUUGUUACCCAAAGGUCUCCAAGAGACUUACAACACUGAUAAAAGUACAAAUGAAUAUAUUGUACAUAAAGACAGACCCCCCCCCACACACACACAUCUAAACAACAACCUCUAUAACAGCCACAGGAAGCUUUGGAACUAAACAUUGCAACACAAUUCUAAUUUGUUGACCAUUAGAAAUGGCCUAAACUCUCAUCCAGGUAUUACUGAGUGCAUGUAAAACACCUAAAUUAUGCAUUUUGCUGACGUUCUACAGGAAGUUGUUUAAACUAUGAAUAGACUGACAGCAUACUGGAACUCUGAAAGUUGUUCUCUGGCUAACAGGCUUAGAGUCUGAUUUGUAGUGUGCAUUUGUUUUACCAGUCCCCCUCCCCCUGGAUUUUGUACUGUAGGCUAGAGGCUCCGUUAGUAGAUUUCUACUCUCCUACAAUUCUUUGUAUUGGUGACAGUACAAGACUAUAUGCAUUUGCUGUCUUCUGAGAGAUAAUUCACACAACUGAGGCAGUGAACCAAAUGUAUGUUCUCAUUAUAUCUCUGAAUUGCAAGUUGGCAAGUCCUUGCUCAUGUUUCAAAUCUACAUUUCAGCACUCAUUCCUUAGUGUUCUUAAUGUCAACUCAACAUUGCUUGUGUACCAAGGAUACUAAAUUUCAUUGAUGUCAAUUUUCAUGGUUGGAUGAGCUUUUGCUGCUUUCCUGGUUUUUUUUAGAGUGCAAAUUUUCUCAUGCCAAUUUAUUUCUGACUUUAAAGGAAAU